AUGUUGAACGCCUUCUCUCUCUCCUUCUUUCAUCACAAUAUGGGUCAAACCCCUUCCAGUGCGGCUCCAGGCGGAGGUGGAGCGGGCAAGGAUGGCAAGGAUGGAGGCAAGGACAAGAAGCAGCAGUCCAAGUGGGAACCUCCCGUCCCUACGCGCGUCGGCAAGAAGAAGAGGAAGGGCCCUGAUGCCUCGAAUCGUCUCCCCGCCGUCUUUCCCAGUACCCGGUGCAAACUCAAAAUGCUCAAGAUGGAGAGGAUCAAGGAUUACCUCUUGAUGGAGGAGGAAUUCGUCGCAAACCAGGCGGCUCAGGCCGGAGAGGACAGACAGGCGGCGGAUCGGACCAAGGUUGACGACCUUCGCGGAUCGCCCAUGGACGUCGGAUCUCUCGAGGAGAUUAUCGACGACGACCACGCUAUCGUCUCGUCCGGACACGGCCCGGAAUACUAUGUCGGCAUCAUGUCGUUUGUCGACAAGGACUUGCUCGAGCCCGGCUGCACGGUACUCCUCCAUCAUCGGACCCAUGCCAUCGUUGGUGUUCUCGCCGAUGACGCGGACCCCAUGGUAUCGAUGAUGAAGGUGGACAAGGCGCCAACGGAGAGUUAUGCGGAUAUCGGCGGGUUGGAGAAGCAAAUCCAGGAGAUCAAGGAGUCGGUGGAGCUUCCUCUUACUCACCCCGAGUUAUAUGAAGAAAUGGGGGUCAAUCCGCCCAAGGGCGUGAUUCUCUACGGGGUGCCCGGUACCGGCAAGACCCUGCUCGCCAAAGCCGUCGCCAAUCAAACCUCAGCAACCUUCCUGCGGAUUGUCGGCUCGGAACUCAUCCAAAAGUACCUCGGUGACGGACCCAAGCUUGUGCGGGAGUUGUUUAGGGUGGCGGAGGAGAACGCGCCGAGUAUUGUUUUCAUUGACGAGAUCGACGCCAUCGGGACCAAGCGAUACGAUUCUACAUCUGGCGGGGAGAGAGAGAUCCAGCGAACCAUGUUGGAAUUGCUCAACCAGCUCGACGGAUUUGACAACAGGGGCGACGUUAAAGUGAUAAUGGCCACCAACAGAAUUGAGACCCUGGACCCGGCCUUGAUUCGCCCUGGUCGAAUCGAUAGGAAGAUCGAGUUCCUCUUACCCAACGCGGUCGAAAAACGCCACAUCCUCAAGCUCUUGACCAGCCGGAUGACUCUAGCGGAUGAUGUGGACCUGGAAGAGCUCGUGGCGAUGAAGGAUGACUGCUCGGGCGCAGAUUUAAAGGCAAUCGUUUCCGAGGCAGGUAUGCUAGCGCUCCGGGAGAGGAGGAUGAGGGUCACAUCUGCGGACUUCACUGCAGCGAGGGAGAGAGUCAUGGACGGGAAGAAGGAUGAUGGCCCAGCUGGAUUGUACCUGUAG